GGCAGGUUACAAUGGGUUGUACCACAGUUUGUCUCUCCUCGGCCGUGGUAUUGAUCGCCGUGCUGUGCAGCUUCAGUGCGAUCCCGACUGAUGCAGCUAGACAGCGAUCAAAGAUCAUACCGGACAUCGCGUCGACAGUCUACUCCGAGAAUCUGCAUGGCGACCGAAAGUGCUACGAACGGCGGGUUCGUGAUCCGAACGUACACAUCUCGGCCCGUUUGCUGCGGUAUUUCACCUUCGGCGGAAUCCUACAGGGAAUUGCCGAAAAGACCGCACUGAAUCGUGUUGGGCUUGUGCAGGGCGGUGCCAGCCAGUACCAGGACCGCUCGAGUGGACUCCAGCGUGAGUAUCAUGCGGCACACAUCGUUCGUGUAGGCACCAUCGACCCAGGUCUGCAAAAGCAAAGUGCUACGCUCUACAAUGCCCUGAAGAACUACAUUGGCCACACGCAGAACGUGAUCCGACAUGCAAACGUUUGGCACGGUGUCGGUGGUCAGAUCGAUCGCUUUCAGUCGGACAACUUGGCUGAGCUAGCCAAGAUUGAUUUCAAUGGUACGCUCGAUGGUCAAAUUCAGACGGUGGAAGGAUUAGUGCUAAAGUUCCGAGAACUCAUUCAAAACUACGUCCAAGCGCCAGAUGGUGCACGCACAGAGUCGGACCAGAAUGUACUGAAUGAGGACUGGGUUGCGGUGUGGUGCGCCGGAACAGAGGUGCUGUUCGACGCGGGCAAGGAAGGUUAUCAGUUGGUGAUGAGCGGGAAUUUCGCCGAUCAUUACACGACGACAUGAGCUCGAUCAUCUCGUUGCAACUAUGUAAACAUAGCCGUAUGACUCAAUUUGUAGCGAAACAUCUGAUAAGACUCCUCAGUGCGAGCCUCCGUACAGUGUUAUCAAAUAAAGAGGGAUAAUCCAACAAACGACAACGAUAAGAAUGUCUUUGAGCUAUAGGUAAUCACGUAGGUGUUGUAGAAUCUCUUAAACAUAAAACUAUAACGAAAACAGCCUCAGAAUUAUUCCAUUUCUCAUAGACCUCCACUUACAAACAUUCAAUUCGCCAACUGUGACGGUAUAAGUUGACCGAUAAGCACCGAAGAAUGAUGAUUUUUUAUUGAUGAGACGACGGCGGGGAUGUAAUGCGGUUUCUCCCGUUCACAGGGCAUGGUGAGCAAUGAUUUUGUCAGAAAAGAUAACAUAUUGGCGCACGAUGGUUGAUUAUAACCCACAUGCGGACGAUUAU